GAUCGGCUUCCACUCCCCAGGAAUAUGAUUGAAAACAGCAUGUUUGAGGAAGAACCAGAUGUGGUGGAUUUAGCCAAAGAGCCUUGUUUACAUCCUUUAGAGCCUGACGAGGUGGAAUAUGAGCCCCGGGGUUCACGACUGCUGGUGCGGGGUCUGGGUGAGCAUGAGAUGGACGAGGAGGAAGAGGAUUAUGAGUCGUCUGCCAAGCUGCUGGGCAUGUCCUUUAUGAACAGAAGCUCAGGCCUUCGGAACAGUGCAACUGGCUACAGGCAGAGCUCAGAUGGGACUUGUUCAGUACCCUCUGCAAGGACCAUGCUGGUCUGUGCUUUUGUCAUUUUGCUUGCCAUUUCUGUAAUAAUGGUGAUUUAUCUACUGCCCAGAUGUACCUUUACCAAAGAAGGCUGCCAUAAGAAAAACCAGUCAAUGGGACUCAUCCAGCCGGUUGCAACCAAUGGGAAGUUGUUUCCAUGGGCGCAAGUCAGGCUUCCCACUGCCAUUAUGCCUCUGCACUAUGAACUCAACCUGCACCCAAACCUAACCACAAUGACAUUCAAGGGUUCUGUGACGAUUUCGCUUCAGGCUCUUCAGGCCACAUGGAAUAUCAUUCUUCACAGCACAGGCCAUAACAUUUCAAGAGUGACCUUUACGUCAGCAGUUUCAAGCCAAGAAAAACAAGUUGAAGCUCUGGAAUAUCCAUUUCAUGAACAAAUCGCCAUUGUUGCCCCGGAAGCCCUUCUUAAGGGGCACAAUUAUACCUUGAAGAUAGAGUACUCGGCAAAUAUAUCUAGUUCUUACUAUGGGUUUUAUGGUAUCUCCUACACAGAUGAAAAUAAUAAGAAAAAGUACUUUGCAGCAACUCAAUUUGAACCUCUGGCGGCAAGAUCUGCUUUUCCUUGUUUUGAUGAGCCAGCAUUUAAAGCCACUUAUACCGUCAAGAUCAUAAGAGAGGAGAACUACACUGCUUUAUCAAAUAUGCCUAAGAAGUCAUCAGUCAAUAUGAAAGAUGGACUUGUUCAGGAUGAAUUUUUUGAAAGCGUGAAGAUGAGCACUUAUCUGGUUGCUUUCAUUGUGGGGGAGAUGAAGAAUCUGAGCCAAGACGUAAAUGGAACCCUGGUUUCUAUAUAUUCUAUACCAGAAAAGAUUGGCCAAGUUCACCAUGCCUUGGAAACAACUGUGAAGCUUCUUGAGUUUUUUCAAAACUACUUUGAAAUUCAAUACUCACUUAAGAAAUUGGAUUUGGUGGCCAUUCCUGACUUUGAAGCAGGAGCAAUGGAAAAUUGGGGUCUGCUCACCUUCCGAGAAGAGACACUUCUGUGUGACAAUAAUACUUCUUCAGCAGCAGACAGAAAACUGGUUACUAAAGUCAUCGCUCAUGAGCUGGCCCAUCAGUGGUUUGGUAAUCUGGUAACAAUGCAGUGGUGGAACGAUCUAUGGCUAAAUGAAGGUUUGGCUACUUUCAUGGAGUAUUUCUCUUUGGAAAAAAUAUUCCAAAAGCUCUCCAGUUAUGAAGAUUUCUUAGAUGCUCGAUUUAAAACCAUGAAGAAAGAUUCCUUGAAUUCAUCUCAUCCAAUAUCAUCAUCUGUUCAGUCUUCAGAACAGAUUGAAGAAAUGUUUGAUGCUCUCUCCUAUUUUAAGGGAGCUUCUCUCUUGUUGAUGCUGAAAACAUAUCUUGGUGAAGAUGUAUUUCAACGUGCUCUUGUUCUUUACCUGCAAAAGCAUAGCUAUGCGUCCAUUCAAAGUGAUGAUCUAUGGGAUAGUUUUAAUGAGGUCACAAACAAAACAGUAGAUGUCAAGAAAAUGAUGAAAACCUGGACCCUGCAGAAAGGAUUUCCUUUAGUGACUGUGCAAAGAAAGGGAAAGGAGCUUCUUGUACAACAAGAAAGAUUCUUUUUAAAUAUGAAGCCUGAAAUCCAGCCUUCAGAUGCAAGCUAUCUGUGGCAUAUUCCACUAUCCUUUGUCACUGAGGGAAGAAAUUAUUCAAAACAUCAAUUGGUAUCAUUUCUGGACAAGAAAUCAGAUGUCAUCAAUCUUACAGAAGAAGUACAGUGGAUCAAAGUCAAUACAAACAUGACUGGCUAUUAUAUUGUACAUUAUGCAGAUGAUGAUUGGGAUGCACUAAUCAAACAGUUGAAAAUAAAUCCUUAUGUCCUGAGUGACAAAGACCGAGCCAACCUCAUCAACAACAUCUUUGAACUUGCAGGGCUAGGCAAAGUGCCUCUUCGGAAGGCCUUUGAUUUGAUUGGUUAUCUUGGAAAUGAGACCCAUACUGCACCCAUCACUGAAACCCUGUUUCAGACAGGCCUCAUCUAUAACCUCCUUGAAAAACUAGGUUAUAUGGAUCUGGCCUCAAGACUGGUGGCCAGGGUAUCUAAAUUGCUUCAAAGCCAAAUUCAGCAGCAAAAUUGGACUGAUGAUGGCUCCCCAUCUGCUCGAGAGUUGCGGUCAGCCUUGCUAGAAUUUGCCUGCGUCCACAACCUAGAGAACUGCAGCACUACUGCCUUGAAGCUGUUUGACGAGUGGGUUGCAUCCAAUGGAACUCUAAGCCUACCUACUGAUGUCAUGACUGCUGUGUUCAAAGUCGGAGCAAGGACUGAGAGCGGCUGGUCGUUCCUCUUAAGCAAGUACAUCUCUAUAGGCUCUGAAGCAGAGAAGAAUAAAAUACUUGAAGCUCUUGCCAGCUCAGAGGAUGUACGGAAACUUUACUGGUUAAUGAAAACUAGCCUCAGUGGAGAUACCAUCCGAACACAAAAGCUGUCAUUUGUCAUAAGAACAGUGGGCCGACAUUUCCCUGGACACCUACUGGCAUGGGAUUUCGUCAAAGAGAACUGGAACAAGCUUGUACAGAAGUUCCAUCUGGGUUCCUAUACCAUACAAAGUAUUGUUGCUGGAUCAACUCACCUGUUUUCAACGAAGGCACAUUUGUCGGAGGUCCAGGCAUUCUUUGAAAAUCAGUCAGAGGCAACCUUUCAGCUUCGUUGUGUCCAGGAGGCUUUGGAAGUCAUUCAGUUGAAUAUCCAGUGGAUGGAGAAGAACCUUAAAACUCUGACGUGGUGGCUGUAGCAUGCACAACUGCACCUCAUUUUGUCACCCGUCAGAGAGCUUGUGAACUUGGGCUCUGUUUGUUAACUUUUGCAAAAGCCAAGGUGAAGCCAAGGAUCGCUGCUGAGUUGUUUGCACUCUUAGGAGUUGUAGUUCGCUCAGGGUCCAUCGGUCUUUCUGAAACAUCUUUGGGCAGUACGUAGUUAUUUAUUACAAAAUUACAUUCACUUAUAUGCCAACCAUCUACAAAAACAACAAGUAAUGUGUAUACUUUGAAGAUACCCAAAUGGGGAAUAAAAUGGCUUGGAAUUCUGUUCUAUUUCUCAGUAUCGGUAAAGUACUGGCCCAGUGAAACAAGGAAAGACCUACCAUGGGAGCCGCCAGCCAUCGUUGCAGGCUGCUGGUUUGUGAGCCAUUUGUUGCUUCUUGUUGAUAGAGUUGUUGAAUGUGGUAACACUUCAAAAAGUAUGGCAAUCAGUGAAGUCAAUGAAGCAUGCAACUGUAGAGAGCUCAUCUCAGGUGUGCAGAUCUACUUUGAUUUGAGGUUUUGAUUAAUCCUUUAUUUCCUGGAAAAUUUUUAAAUAAGAUCUACUGUAACUAUUAUAUUUUUUUCUGCAGAAUAGCUAGGUGCUACAGAAUUUUUAAAUUUUUGUUAUAUUAAACAGCUAAAUAACAAGGCCAAAAGAUUAUAUUUUCCCAAUGUUUAACAUUUUCUUUUUCAUCUUUUAGGAAAAUGUUUCAAACUAAGAUAGCUUUAAUUAUAAUUAUUUUAUUCAUAAGUUUCAAUAUUCUCCAUAUCUGUACACCUCUACCAUUCCCUGCCCUAGAUAUACCUUAUAUAAAUAAGUAUUUUCACAGUUAUGGCAAACAUUUUGUUAUACUGGUGUCUUUUAUCAUUACUUUAUCACUGUUACUAAAAAUAUAGGUUGUUUUUAGAUGCCUUUUGGCAUGAUAGAUUUUAGACACUUUCUCUCUGAAUCAUACCCAUGGGUGGGUUUUUCAUUUUAUAUGAUAGAGUAGCACAUUAGAAACAUUUUAAAGUAGGGCCUUGGAGAAAUUGAACAUUUUUAUUUGAAGUUCACCAUAGUACCUUAAAGGAAUGAGAGAAUGUGAGAAAGGAGUAACUUGAUUCAUAUGGAAUAUGGUGGGCUUUGAAUUUUUCCCCACUAUCAAAUACAGUACUUUUCUUUAGUUGAAAAAUCAUAGUUUUAUUUUACCAUGGCCAAACUAGCAAAUUAAAGGGAAUGUCAAAAGAAGGAAGGAAGGAAGGAAGGAAGGAAGGAAGGAAGGAAGGAAGGAAGGAAGGAAGGAAAGGAAGGAGAAAUCCAAAACUGUAUGGCAUUUUUACUCCUUCUAAAGGAGAAAUACUGUACUUGAAUUUUGUGAGCUCUGCAGACUUAUAUUUAGAUUAUGGUGUUUCUUUGAUUCUUAGGAGAAAAGCUUUCUUCCAAAUAAUUCUUGUACUUUAUAUUGUGUUUGAAAACAUAUUUGUAAAAAGAGGAUAAUUCCCAUUUUCAAGCACUUAAAAACACUCCACAGAAUCAGACAAUGGGAAAGGUCACCUUUUUUUAUUCAGCAAGUGUAAAGUGAAAACGUGGGAUUGUGUAUAAAACUAUAUUUUAUUUUAUGAAAAUAUUUUUAUAUAACAAAAUUUAAAAGGCUGGCAAACUGAAAUAUAGCUUUCUUUACUCCUAGUAUGUUUUCACCCAAUUUAGUCUUUUCUAAAUAUUUAUCUGUCUGUUUUAGAAUAGAAAACAUUAUAUCCUGAGAAUCACAGCAUCAUCUGAAGAUGUCUUAUUGAAACUGGGGUAACUGUAGGUUUUUAUUCCUCUUGUGCUUCAGUAAAUGAAUGAUAAUUUAGUUGAUAGUGAAAGUUAGUGAGUUUUUAUAUUUUUAGAGUGGGGAAAAAUAUUAAACUUUUGAGGUUUUUUGUUGUUGCUGGGUUGUUUUUUUACCAUGUUAUAUUACUAAAUUCCACUUUGAUACAGAGUUUAAAUUUUGCUACUUCUCAAAUUCAGUUAAGAUGCUUCAGUUUUAUCUGCUCAUCUUCACAUGGCUCCUGUAUCAUGUGUUAACUGCAUAUGGCAGAUCUUGUCCUGAAUUAUAUCAUUUUUUCCUGUGAGAGUGUGUGUGUGGUAUAGGGGUGUGUGUUACUAUUAUAAGUAAAACCUUAUCAAAACUUCAGCUAAGAAAGAGGUAACUCAUAUACCAUUGCUAUCUUUGUACUCAAAAGCCGUUCAUUCCCAUGAAACCGGAUCCCUACUAUUUAUAGUUGUGUUUGUGGGCCUCACCUCAGACUAUUUGCAGUUUUAGUAGGUCUUACCUCAAGUUUUCCCACAGAAUUCCGUAAUUUUCAUUGUUAUGCUAAUCAAUCUAUAUGAGACAUCUAAAAAUUAACCUAAAUCAGGAACAUAAGGUUAAGUAAAACAUGUAGUAUAGUAAGUAUAAUUGUAGCUUUUGAAGUUUUUCCCCAAAAACUUUAUCUUGGCCACUGAAUUUCUGAGAAGUCAAGUAGACUGAAGCACAGCAGUUAGCCACAGUAUGCUUUUUUAUAUAAGCACAUAGGUCCAUAAUACAAUUGUUUAACAAGUAUUAUAUUCAUUGCAGAGAGACAGUCUGCUUGAAUGUAAUGUCAAGGACACAUCUUGAUCCUUAGGAAACAUAGAAUGGAAAAUCUGGAGUUGUGGGAACACAAAACUUAGGCUAUGAAAGUAGAAAUCCAAGGAGUCCAGUUUGUUCUGUUAAUAUCAAGUGAUUAGAAGUAUUAAACUGCAAGGAGUGUCAGCCUCUACCAUAAGCCUGCGCCUUCUUCCAUCUUACUGAUUUACAUAAAUCUCUUUAAGUGAAUUUAAGUGUUCUCUGUCAUUGUUUCAGUGUUCAUGAACUUUCUUGCUAUCACAGGUUCCACUUGACUCUAAUAUUCUUUGCCAUUCAUGUUUUCAUUUUAUUGUACUUGUCCAUUGUAGGAACAAAAGAGCUGGCAGAAGAGCCCUGGGUACAUAGAGGAUGUUGAGCUGCAUCAGUCUUACUGGGUACAGAAUAGAAUGCUUUCUGAAUAUUGUACAGUAAGAAAUGAAAAUUAAGUGCUGAGUUUGUUGGAUUACUGAUAGCCUGUUACCGAGUUGGAUUUUAAAAACAUUCUACUCAGACUAAAGCACCUGGAACCAUAAUCUGCAGUCAGAUUGCUGACCAUUCCCAUAAUGCCUUUGCAUUUCAUGGGGCUGCCGGGAAGGCCUAUGCAUCUCAGGAGAUGUAUCAUCAGCAAGCAUAGCAGUUCCUGGGCUAAGUUUGCAGAAUAAGACCUGAAUUUCCUAGGUAUGAGGUAGCUCUUCUUCUCCCCUUUGCCUUUGUUUUUAGUGUUUUUAUUGGAAUUAACUCUCUUUUUAAAGAGCUUCCCCUCAGCCCCAUUUUUAUUUUUUAAAAUAAUGUAUAUAAUUUUGCUGUUUUUUGCAUUCUUGUAUUGUGUGCUUCAUUCUCUGUAUUGGCAAGUAAGUACCAAAUGAAAAGUGGAGGUCCAGAAGUAUGAUAAAUCUCCUCUUCUCCCUUUCCCUUAUUGCCGGCAUGGGCAAUCGCUAGUAGAGUAGUGUUGACUGAUUUCUUUCAGUGGCUUUUGGGGGGUAUAUACUUGAAAUAUGUACAUAGGUGGUUUUGAUGUGUUUUUAUAUCCUUUCAUUUUGUAUAUUUUGUCCUGAUGAAAAGUGAAAUAUUGUCCAUGAAAAUCUCUUCUGCCUUCCCAUAGUGUCUGUGUGGGCAACAGCUCUAGAGUAGAUUUUUAUUUCCUUUUUUGGAAGGAGGUGGUGAUAUUGAGAGGUGAGCAGAGUAUGUUCUUUUAAAAACAUGUACAAAAUGUUUUUGCUGCUAUUUUGUGGGUGUUGUUUCAUUUUGUAUUUCGUUCAUCCUUCUCAUGGAUAAUGAAGCGUGGAGAUCCAGAAGUCGGACAAAUGUCCCGUUUACCCCUUUCCUUGUUGCCUGCAUGGACAAUAGCUAAUAGAGUAGUGGUUGCUGUUGUUUUGAUCUAGGCUUAGGUAUAGGGGGAGAUGUAUAUCAUUCUUUCAGGUGUACAUAAAUGCUAUGCUACUUAUUUAUUUUUCAUUUUAUAAAUGUUCUUUUGCAUGGAUGCAUUAUAUACUUAAUGAAACAGGUUCAGAGAAUGACAGAUUUUUUUUUCCUUAUUGCCUCUUUGGACAGUAACUGAUAGAGUAGUUUGCUUUGUAUUGUGGUGUAGGAGAGAAUGGGGUAUGUACUUACUGUAUCUAAAUAAGUUUGCUACCACUUUGUACUAUUAAUUCAUUUCGUACAAUGUCCUUCUCAUAGGACAUUUAAGUGCCCAAUGACAUGUGGAGGUUGGAUGUAUGACAGUCUCCUCUGGUCCCCUUCCCUUAUUGCCUAUGUGGGCAAUGGCUAGUAGUGUAGUUGUUGGAGUGGGUUUGGGGGGGGGGCAGGGGAAGAUGGGCAGGGAUGUGUACUUACUGUAUAUACCUGUUUUUACUACUGUGUUGUAUUAUUUCAUUGGUUGCCCAGACUGAAAAGUACCUAAUGACCCAUGGAGGUCCGGAUGUAUGAGUCCCUCUUCUCCCCUUUUCAUAUUGCCCGAGUGGGCAAUGGCUGUUAGUACUUGGUUAGUUUCAGGGUUCUUUUGUGGUUAUUGGGAUAAAUGCUUUGUACUUUCUUAUUAUCAUUUUCAUUGGGCACCAAUCCUUCACUUGGACAUGUAGGUUCCUAAUGAACCAUGGAGUUCUGGAUGUAUAGCAAUCUCCUAUUCUCCCUUUCCCUUUUUAUCUCUGUAGGCAACAAUUUUAAAGUAGUUUGUGUGUUUUUUUGAAGUUUUGGGGGGUGGGAAGGGACUAAGGGCUGGAUAUAUCCUUUUAACAACUGUAUAUAUAGUGUUUGUUACUGUGUUGUGUUAGUGCAUUCUGUACCCCGUCCCUUACUUGGACGUGUAGGUACCGAAUGAGACGUGGAGGUCCGGAUGUAUGAAAAUCUCCUCUUUUCCCCUUUCCUUAUUGCCUCUGUGGGCAAUAGUUUUAGAGUAGCCUAGAUUAUUUUUUUACUCUACCACUCCUUCCCCUGGGAUGGUGGUAAUAUGUACUUUUAAAAAUGUAUAUAAAUGUUUUUGCUCUUUUUUGUUAUUUCAUUUUGUACCUAGACCUUUCCAAGAACAACUUAGGUACAUGAUGAAAAUUAAGGUUCAUUCUAUGAAAAAAAAUCUCCUCUUCUCCCCUUCCCUUAUUGCCUGUCGAGGCAAUGACUAGUGGUAUAGUUGUUCAGAGGUUUGGGGGUUUGCUUUUUUCCCUUGCAGGGUUAUAGGGGAUUUCUGGGUUGGGUGUGUGUGUGUGUGUGUGUGUGUGUGUAAAUGUUUGUUUGGACUUGUAGAUAUCAAAUGUAAUGCAGAGGCCCAGAUCCAGAGGUGUAGUAAAUCUUUUCUCCCUUACCCUGUAGCCUGUGUUCAUGAGAAUACUAUAGGGUUUGGGUUUUGUUUUUGUUUGUUUUUUUGCUUAUUGUUUGAGAUUUUAAUGGGGAAUUGGCUUCUUGGGCAAGAUAUGUAAAUUUUUAAUUGCAUAUAAAUGUUUUGCCUCUUUGUUCACUUCAUUUUGAAUCGAGUUCUUUGCAUGACUAUUAAGGUACUUAAUGAAAUUUGAGGUUGAUUCUAUGAAAUAUCUUCCCUAUACCCCUUCCAUCAUUGCCUGGUGGGCAAUGGUAGAAGAAUAGAUGUUUGGGUGCUUUUUUGGAGGGAUAGGGGGGUGGUGUGUGUGUGUGUGUGUGUGUGUGUGUGUGUGUGCGCGCGCAUUUUUAAUGUAUAUAAGUAUUUGCUACAUUUGUGUAUUAUUUCAUUUAGUACUCAGUCCUUUCCUGGGACUCUAGGUACAUAAUGAAACAUGGAGGUCCAAACCUAUGAUAAAUCUCCUCUACGCCCCUUCCCUCACUGCCGGCACAGGCAAUAGUUUUAUAAUUUGGGUUUGGUUUUUAGGGGGAGGGAUUAUUUGGGUGGGUAGGGUUGGGGGAAAGGGUGGGGUAUGAACAUUAAUAUAUAUAUGUACAUAUUACUAAUUUUGUACCUAGUCCUUUGCAUGAAUGUAUAGGUACAAAUGAAAACUGAGGAUCAGUGUAUGACAGAUCUCCCCUCCCCGGCCCCUUAUUGCCUGUGUAGGCAAUAGUGACUAGAAUAGUUGUGUGUUGUUUACUGUCUUGUUUCUUUUGGAGAGAUUUAUAUUUUCAGCAGGGGAAUAUUUUUAAUACAUAUAAAUAUGUUUUUAUUUCUUUGUUAUUUCAUUUGUAUUUAGUCCUUUGCAUGGCUAUGUAGGGGCCUAAUGAAAAUUGAGUUUCAUAAAUUGACAGAUCAUUUCCUCCUUUCCCACAGAUUUCCUCGGUUAGCUGUAGCUAGUAUAAUUGUUGUUUUGUGGUUAGUUUGUUUUAUUUUCCAGCAUGUAUGCCUUUAAAGAUGUAAAUAUACACAGAUAUACAGAAUUUGCUUUUUUUCUAAUAAUUUUCCUUUACUACUUAGUCCCUUGAAGAGCUCUGAAUAUACCUAACAAAAAUAAAGUUUCACCAAGUCCCUGCCUCUGACUUGAAGGCAUUGCAUUGUGGUGAUGUCACUAAUGGCAAUGGGCAUGUAGCCAAUAAGAUGGGAGAAGACACUUGGACAUGGCUAAUCAGUUUCCGCUUUUCCUACUUUCAUUCAAACUGAAUGAAAUGGUGGGAAGGGACCUGAACAUUGGAAAUCCCAGAAAGGCAAGAGGACAGUACUAAGUGAAAGUAUGUUUAAAGUUUAUUGCUGGUUAAUCUUUCAGUGACUGGUAAGCCAAUAAAAGUGCCUUGAGAGUAGCUUCUUUUAAGUCUGGAAUCCUAUUCAUCUACAGAAGUCUGUUGCAGUCCAUCAAUAGCAUUUUCUUGUGUACCCAGUAAAAAUUAUUUUGGUUUUUGGAAUGAAACUUUUGAGUUAUUGCCAUGGUUCUGGUGAAUGAAAAAAUGGGCAAUAGUUUUAUAACCCAAAAACUAACCCAAAAAUAAUUUGUGGGACAAGCCCUUCUAUCUUUCAGCACCCACGUGUAUGUGGAAGGGCAAGUUGGUCCUUUCCUACCCAGAGCUCUUCUGUGUGGCGACACCUUCCUCCUCAGUUCUCCACUAGCUGGAUCAUUCCUAUUCUUCCUUCCUUUUUUCUUCAGUGCCUAUACCAUUAGAUGUUCUCUGCAAGUGCACUGAAAAAUGUAAGCCAGUGUUGCCUCAUUAGCUGUAUGCUUUUGCAUACAUUUCAUACAUUCAGACCUGUAUGUUUGCUUUCACCAUUCUCAAGCAUACAUCACAUUGACUCUUCAUCCACCACAAAGUAAAUAUGACUCCACAUUUGUCUGUAUCAAAGAAAACACAUGUGUAAAUCCACCCUCUGUCCCUCUCUUCCUCCCUUUCUUCCUCCCUUGCUUCCUUCCUUCACGCUUCUGGGCAUCAUUGGUUUAUUGUGCAAUUUAUAAUGAAUAUAAUGCUGAAGAGUUGCCAUAUUGCUAUUACAUUUUUAGAAACAUUGAGUGAUAGGACUCCUAGAAAAUUUCAGAGAUUUUAUUUAUCACAUCAAACUCUCAGGCUCUAGUGUUGAAAAUUAGCCUACACUUUGCUGUUACUUAUACCUGCUGUUGUAGAAAAGAAAUAAGAGCUUAUUCAUGACACAUUUAACUUUAAUCAUAAAUAAAAAAGAAGGGGCACCUUUUUAGAGUUAGUCAUGGUAGUUAGUGAUAUUUCUGAACAGCUUUUAAUUUAAAAUACUUCAAAGAAAGUAAAGGUCAUGGCUUAGCUGACUGAAAUGCUCCAGAAGUUGAACUAUAUAAACCAUUAGUACAAUAAUACACCAGUGUGUGCGUGCGUGUGUGUAAAAUAAGAAUUCCAAAAUAAUUGGAGCAUUUGCAUUAAUCAACAAAACUCACAUUAAGACAAAACUUAGUCUUACAGCUGUCUUGACUCAAGCCAAGUGUUCCAUGUCGCUGUAAAGAAUAGUCUCUUUCAAACACUUUGAAAAGUAAUCACUUGGAAACUUGUAAAGGUAUCACAUUUUUGUAUUAAAACACCUAUGGAGAUCUCCAAUUCUUAGAAUCUGAGCUUGUGGGUGGAAUUCUAAAUUUAUAUCAUAAUCUGUCUUUUGUGGAUGUUUUUGAAAAUAGUAUGUGUGUAUGUAUAUAUAUAUAUAUAUAAAACAUUAUAUAUGCAAAUUGUGUUGUAUUACUUGUAAAGGGAAAAAGCUUAUUUUUCUUUAUACUUCUGAUAACUUGUUUUGCAUAUGACCAGCACUGACUGAAAGGCAUGUGUACUGCAAACACUGUUGCUUUUUGUGUGAAAUGAAAAUAAAAGUAUUUAAAUAUAAA